CACUAGAGUCACGUGGUUGCAUGGGCGUCCGAAGCAUGUCUGCCUCCAUGAAUGCAAUGCUGCUGUAAUCUUCAUCAUAGAUGAGCAUUUUAUGUGAAUUUUCGGAAGCAUUCAGAGACGUCUUUUAUGAAAGCACGGAAGAUUUGGUAUCAUGAAGACGUUUUGCGGCCGCGCUAAUCCUACCACAGGCGCCCUUGACUGGGUGGAGGAAAGUGAAGAAUAUGAUUAUCAUCAAGAGAUUGCGAGGUCCUGUUAUGCUGACAUGUUACAUGACCGGGACAGAAACGUGAAGUACUACCAAGGCAUCAAAGCUGCAGUUCAGAGGGUAAAGGCUCGUGGGGAGAAGGUUAUUGUCCUCGACAUCGGUACUGGAACUGGUCUGUUGUCCAUGAUGGCUGUCACUGCUGGAGCGGAUUACUGCUAUGCAGUGGAGGUCUUCAAGCCCAUGGCUGAUGCUGCAAUCACAAUUGUUAAGAAAAAUGGCUUCGCUGAUAAAAUCAAGGUCAUCAAUAAACACUCCACUGAAGUCACAGUGGGUCCAGAUGGAGACAUGCUCACAAGGGCUAAUGUCAUUAUCACUGAGCUAUUUGACACAGAGUUGAUUGGAGAAGGAGCCUUGCCCAGCUAUGAACAUGCCCAUCUGCACCUAGUCCAGAGAGGCUGUGAGGCGGUGCCCCACCGUGGCACUGUGUACGCCCAGCUGGUGGAGUCCGAGAGGCUGUGGAGCUGGACGCAGCUGCAGCCCGUCGAGCUGGACGAUGACAAGCGCCUGAUGCCACCCGCAGACGUGGGUUGCUGCGCAGGAGCGCCCUCUGUCUGCGACAUUCAGCUCAGCCAGGUGCCCCCACAGUCUUUCACACCACUCGGACCACUCUGCACCAUGUUCAGCGUGGACUUCAGCCAGCCUGUCAGUAGUGCCUCACAGUCCUACUCAUGCAAGUUCCAAGCCCAGGCCAGCGGACAGGCUCAGGUCAUCUUGUCCUGGUGGGACAUCGACAUGGACCCCGAGGGGACCAUCGUGUGCUCCAUGGCCCCUAGCUGGACCUACUCAGACCCUAAGGAGUGUCCUUGGCGGGAUCACUGGAUGCAAAGUGUCUACUUCCUCCCGGCUGAGACGACAGUGAGAGAAGGGGAGGAGGUUAGUCUCAUUGUGAACCAUGAUGACUAUAGCCUCUGGUAUAACCUCUCCAGCAGCCAACAGAGCAGUGUGGAGAGGUCAUUGGACCGGCCCAUGUGUACCUGUCAAGCCCACCUGGUGUGGACACGACCUCGCUUUGGAGAGCUGAAUGACCGACACAGAAACGAGAGCUAUAUCAGCGCCCUACGCAGUGUGUUAAAACCUGACAGCAUUUGUCUCGGUGUGAGUGAUGGAAGUUUGCUUCCACUCUUAGCGUCCAUGCUUGGUGCUCAGAAGGUGUUCACUAUUGAAAACUCUGGCAUGUCCCGUCAAGUGAUUGAACAGAUCCUCGAGUUCAACUCCCUGAAGGGCAAGGUCCAGGUGUUGGGGAUGCGACCUGAACAAGUCACGUCUGCAGACCUCGAGGGCCAACAGGUGUCGGUGUUGGUAGGAGAGCCGUACUUCAGCACCACCCUGCUUCCCUGGCACUCGCUGUUCUUCUGGUACUGCCGCACUGCUGUGGCCCAGCUGCUCCGGCCCAACGCCACCAUCCUGCCCAGGUCCGCCACGCUCUACAUGAUGGGAGUCGAGUUUCGGGACCUGUGGAGGAUAAGGGCGCCAUGUGGGACGUGUGAAGGCUUUGAUGUGGGACCUAUGGAUGAGAUGGUCCAGCAAUCUUUGGAUUUCCGUGAGUCACGCGAAGCAGAGCCACAACCCCUGUGGGAGUACCCUUGUCGCGCCCUGACUGAGCCCCGCCCUGUCAUGACCUUUGACUUCCAGCAGUGUGUUCCCGAGCAACCGGUCAACAGCCAGGGGUCAGUGCCACUCCUGAGGAGAGGAUGCUGCCACGGCAUUGCUCUGUGGAUGGAAUUCCAACUGACGGACGAUGUCAGCCUGAGCAUGGGUUUAGUGGAGCCUGUCGGUGAAGAGGGUGCCUGUGAAUGGAGUCCCCAUAGAAAGCAGGGGGUGUACUUCCUGAGGUCAGCAUGGGAGAGCUCAGGAGACGAGAGAGCUGCCGUGUCCUACAAUCUGACCUUUGACCCCAGCAUUGGUGACAUCAAGAUGGACUUUUCUGUUGCUUUGCCUUAAUAGCCUGCACAUGGCUUUUAAGUGCACGAACUGCAAAGUCUUGUUGUGAAAAACAAAAACAAAUGGAUAACUCUCACUACCAAAGAUCAAGAUCUCAUUCAGAUUUUCUUUUUAAGUAUUUAUUUUAGUCUCUGUACUUUUCUCUCCAUAUCGAAAACCUUUUGAUAAUCCAUUUUUUCCCCUGAAAAUAUUGACUUACCUGUUACAUUUUUGUAGCAAUUCACGUAGGCUAUGACGCUGUGUUUUUGACAAAGAUUAACAAAUAUUAAAAUAGGUUGUGUUUUGUA